AUGCCUUUAAGAUCGAGUGAGGGCUCCUGCUAUCACCGUUCAUUGAAUUCGGCAGUUCGCGAUGUUCCCACCUCGGUUCCAACUGCCAUCUCCACGUUUGAAGCACAACUGCUUACGCAACUGCAUCACGUUUCACGUCGUUUUGCCCCCACCAUUGGCGAGGCAAAUAGGAAACACACGUUGUUUUCUCAUAUUCAACAUCUCUAUAUAUCUCGAUAUUUCGAUUCUCGACAACAACAACCAACUCUGUCGAAGUUUGAUGAUAGGAUCGAUGCGUUAUCGCCACCUGAUAAGCUUUACUGCACUUCUGUUGCUUUUCUCUUCGUGAAAAGUACGCAUCGUUUCGAGAUGACCGGCUUUAGAUUCCAUGAAGAAAAAGAAGAGACGCAUGUUCCGUUGACGAUUGAGAAUAAACUGAUAGACCCAGUUGUUGUUGGUCGUCGAAUGAAUCGCACGCUUUUUCUUUUCGCAGCCGCUGUCCUCUCCAUCCUCCUUGUAACAGGGUACCUCAUUUUCGUAGACAAACACCAACGUACUGUAGUGGAUCGAUGUCCCCAAGAAGAUACAGCACCGAGGGAACAGGAUUCAAUGGAAUAUGCGGAUCGUUUUGUGGAUUUUAUAAAGAAGUUCAACAAACAAUAUGAAGAAAAGACAGAACUGCUCAGACGCUUUAAAUCAUAUGAAAAACACAUGAAGGAGGUGAAGGAGUUGAACAGCAAAAAAGCCCAUAGCUCUUCCUAUGGAGAAAACGAGUUGAGCGAUUGGACCGAUGAAGAGUUCCGAAAGUCACUUCUUCCACUUUCAUUCUAUAAAAAAUUGCACGAGGAGGCAACAUUCAUUCGUCGAGAUCCUCCUAAACUCGAACGUGCCACACCGGCACCGGCUUCCUUCGAUUGGAGAACAAAAAAUGUGAUAUCACCGGUAAAAGCACAAGGGAAAUGUGGCUCAUGUUGGGCGUUUGCCGCUACCGCAACGGUGGAAGCUGCUUGGGCGAUUGCUCAUAAAGAGAUGCGAAAUCUUUCCGAGCAAACGCUCCUGGACUGUGACCUCGCCGAUAAUGCAUGUGAUGGUGGAGAUGAAGAUAAGGCUUUUAGGUACAUACACCGUAAUGGCCUCGCCUAUGCGGCCGAUCUACCCUACGUUGCACAUCGACAAAACGUUUGCAGUAUCACUGGUAAUGUCACCAAGAUCCAGGUCGCCUACUUUCUUCAUCCCGAUGAGCAAUCGAUGAUCGAUUGGUUGGUCGGAUUUGGUCCCGUAAAUAUCGGGAUCUCUGUCACACCAGAUAUGCGUCCAUACAAAGGAGGAGUUUUUACGCCCAGCGCUGAGGAUUGUAAGAAUAAGGUGAUUGGACUUCAUUCGCUAAUGAUCACCGGUUACGGGACCACUGAAUCCGGAGAGAAAUACUGGAUUGUGAAAAAUAGUUGGGGUAACACAUGGGGAGUUGAAAAUGGAUAUGUUUAUUUUGCCCGAGGUAUUAAUGCGUGUGGUAUUGAAGAUGAACCGAUCGGUAUACUUGCAUAG